AUGGUUAGGCGUAUUGACAAUGGAAAGACAAGUAGUAAAGAGGCAGGUAAGAACGAAGAAAGUUAUAGAAAAGAGUUACAAAAAGAAGUAGAGGCAUUAACUCAGGAGUUUUCCGAACUCUUUCGUGAUGAGCUAGGAACGAUAUCUGACUCUAAUGAAGUCAUCCAUCUAAAAAGUGGAACAAAACCUGUAUCUUACGGGGCACGACGAGUUCCAUUCCCCUUAAGGGAGGCAGUGGAGCGAGAAUUACAGAGAUUAGUACAGGAAGGAGUUUUGGAACCAGUGGACCCUUCCGAAACACCGAUAGAAUGGAGUACCCCAACUGUCAACGUAGACAAGGGUGGAGGUAGAGUAAGAAUCUGUGGCGAUUUUCGUACAACCUUGAAUCCAAACAUCGUGCCGGAAAGACACCUCUUGCCAACCUUUGAUGACUUGACUUCCAAAUUAACUGAUGGAAAGAUAUUUUCAGUCAUAGAUCUUCGAGACGCGUACUUGCAAAUGAAAGUACACCCCGAGUCACAAAAGUAUCUGACAAUAGCAACUCAUGUAGGUUACUUUCGCUACAAAAGGUUGCCCUUUGGACUUUCCUCGAGUCCGGCAAAAUUUCAAAGGUAUAUGGAAAGUUUACUAAAAGGACUUAAUGUCGGAGUUCUACUUGAUGACAUAAUCAUUUCUAGUAAGGAUAAGACUACCCAUAUAACCACUCUUAGAGAAGUUUUGAGGCGGCUAGAAUCAAGUGGAAUAAGAGCAAAACUAUCAAAAUGUAAGUUCUUUCAGAAAUCUGUAAAGUAUUUAGGUCAUACAAUAGAUGGGAAUGGUAUUCAUCCCUCCGAAGACAAAGUUGAAACCAUAAGACACGCACCAAGGCCAAGAAACGUGAAAGAAUUACGAGCUUUUCUAGGAGCACUAAAUUUUUACGAAAGGUACAUACCUAAUCUUCAUGCGAUCGCUUUGAACUUGCAUAAGCUGACUGGUACGAAGACUAAGUGGAAAUGGACUGACACCGAACAGACGACGUUCGACAAGUUGAAGAAUAUCCUGUCAUUAGAGAAGACAUUAGUUCCAUACGACAUAUCAAAGCCGAUCAUUAUUGAAUGUGAUGCUUGUGAGCAAGGGGUUGGUGCAGUGCUGUUACAUUUGAUGCCGGAUGGAACGGAAAGGCCAGUCAUGUACGCCUCGAGGACACUAACGGAAGCCGAAAAAAGGUAUGCUACAGUUGACAAGGAAGCGAUGGCGUUAGUUUUUGCAGUGAAGAAGUUUAGACAAUACCUCAGUGGGAGACAUUUCAAGGUGAGGACGGACCACAAGCCACUUGAAAGAAUAUUCGGAAUGCAUCGAGAUCUUACCAAAGUAGUAAACAACCGCUUGGUUCGUUGGGCUUUGUAUUUAAUGGAGUAUGAUUUUGAGAUCCAGUACAUCAAAGGACAGGAUAAUUGUUUGGCUGAUUUUUUGUCUAGAUUUUCACUCAAGACACAAGAAGUAUUGGAUCCAGAUGAGAGAGAGAUUCGAGCAUUGGUUCAGGAGAAAAUCGACGUCGUUUAUCCAAAUCAUGAACUUGUACUGGAGUAUAAGAAAGACCCAAAUAUGAAGAAACUUAUAGACUACCUGGAACAUGGUUGGCCAAAAGAUACAGGAAACUUACCACCAUCCAUGAAACCAUAUUGGAAUAAGAGAGAAGAGCUGACAUUAGAAAACGGUAUAAUCAUGCGAUUAGGAAGAAUAGUGGUGCCACAGAUAUUGAGAGAAAAUGUAUUAAAAGAACUCCACAAAGGACAUCCUGGAAUAGAGGCCAUGAGAUCCCUAUCAAGGUAUUAUGUAUGGUGGCCUAAUCUGAAUAAGGAUGUCGAGGUUUAUGUCCGUAGAUGCCACCCUUGCCAGAGUAACCGAUCAUUUGACACAGAAGUACCUCUAUAUCCUUGGAAUGUGCCAAGCGAUCCUUGGGAGCGAAUUCAUCUCGACUUCGCAGGACCAUUCGACAACCGAUUCUGGUUAGUAGGAAUCGAUGCUUACUCAAAAUGGGUUGAGAUCGAAGUUAUGGACCGUACGACAACUGCUGCUCUUGUAAAUAGAUUAAGGACUUGGUUUUCGAGGUACGGCGUUCCUAAAAAAAUUGUAUCCGAUAAUGGCACCCCCUUCACGUCCCAUGAGUUUAAGACUUUUUGUAAGAACAAUAACAUAUGUCAUGUCACAUCGGCACCGUAUCAUCCAAAAACCAAUGGUUUAGUAGAGAGGAUUAUCAGAACCUUCAAGAGUAGAUACAGUGCUUGCAAACAAGAAGGUCUCAGUUCAUCACUUGCACUUUUACAAGUGUUGCUUGCUUAUCGAAACACCCCACAAAAGACCACAGGCCAACCACCAUCAGUCCUUUUCUAUGGCAGAAGAAUACCAACAGCUUUGGAUAGGUGGAGGUGUAAUAGCAGAGAGAGAAUAGAGAAUCAAGUGUGGCGACAGAAGUACUACCACGACUUAAAAUCUAAACAAAAGGAGUUUUCUGCCAAACAAGAAGUGUGGGUUCAAAAUGAAACGAAGAAGGGCUGGAGACCAGGAACUGUACAAGAAAGGACGGGAGAGCUAUCAUACAACGUUUUAGUUGGGGGAGAAAUAAAGAGAAAACACGCUGACCAGCUGAGAGCAAGAGAAGGUGCAACUGAUCCACCUCAAUGGAAAAUGCAAACGGAACCUGAAGAUGAACACAGUUUCGGAAACUCAGCCUAA